AUGCUGUCAGUUAAGAAGUGUUUAUUUUGGAUUUUCAAGAGGUCUAAAAAAUCUAUUGUUGAGCAGUUGGAGGAUAUUGAUGAUGAAAUUUUGGAGUUGGAAAGUGAUCGGUCCAAUAGUAUGGACUCGGAAAAGCAAUUCGUUUUCCGACUGCUGUUUUACUCUUUCAUAAUUUUUGGUCUGAGUUUCAUAAUUGUGUACUACUACUAUUGGCCAAGAACAGUAACUGGCAAGGUGGUGGUAUGGAUAGUAUUCGCGAUAUAUCCACUUUGUAUAUACUUCUUGAAGUAUAUUUUUCGGAUGGUGUUUGUAAGGCGUGUAAAUAAGACAAAUGAAAAGCUGAAAAAGUUACGUGCUUUCAAACAGAAAUUGUUAGAGGAGGUGAUGGAAAAAGAGACGUAUAAUAAAGCGCAACAGAUACUUAAACGCUUCGAUCCAUUAGCAUUUGCAUCUAUUUCCGUUGAGGAAAGGAAACCUAAUAAGUCUGUCUUCGGUUCCAUGAUCAAUCUGAGUACUAAUUCCGAGGUGCGCCGUAGAAAUACUUAUGAUACGGCUUCAGGUGAUAAACUUUCAACUCCUGGAAUAUCAAAGCAAAAUACAAUUGAACAAACAAUUACACCUAUGCAUGGAUAUGUUCAGACAUCAGUUACCAGUAAACCACGACUAUUAAGACCACUUUUGCCUAAAGAGCGUUCAAUCAUUGAUCGAUUACUGGAUGCAUUGGUUGGUGAUGGUCCAGAGAAACGAUAUGCAUUAAUUUGUGGUGAAUGUUCAUCACACAAUGGAAUGGCCUUACAAGAAGAAUUUGAAUAUUUAGCAUUUCGAUGUUGCUAUUGUAAUCACUUCAACCCAGCUCAUCGUACUCGUUUAAAAUCGCCUUUAUCAUUAAGAAAUAUUGGCAAAUUCGAUCCAACGAGUUCACAGUCUACACCUUGUCUGUCAGUGAAAUCAACUACUGGAUUGUUGGAAACAAUGACAGAGGAGAUGAGAACAUCAACAGACAGCUUGAAUAAUAUGAAUGAUGAUGAUGUUGUUGAGAAUGCUGUCGUCGUUGGUACACUUGACAAAGAAGAUGUUCACACAACUGUAAUUCAUGAUUCUUAUAAUAGUCAUACUAAUGGAUUCAACGUAAGCAUGAAAGGGGAUAAACAUGAUGAUAGUAAUGACGCAAAGAAUAAUAACACCAACAGUCCUAUCAGUUCAAAACAUUCACCUCUCAAUAGAGAAUAGUACUCAGAGAGGAUGUUAAAAUGCCCCUACAUCAUUAUACAUCUGUGCAGAGGGUCA